AGAUAGACAGAUAGUACAAAACUCCACUAGUAAAUUAACAAAUUAGCACCCAAUUUGAAGACAAAAAAGAAGGCCCUGGAGAUGCUCCACAACCACAGCGGAGAAUCUGCUCUCUCUUCCUCUGCUUCUUCUUCUUCUUCUCACUCUGUCUCUCUAUCUCCCUCUGUUUCUGCUUCUUCUCUCUCUGCUUCUGCUUAUUUUACCAGACCAGGGACACUAUUAUUGUAGUUAUUGAAUUCCAUCCCUAAAAGUUUGUCCACAAUCUGAGUUCCAUAUUGGGUUCGGUAAAAUGUCUCAAUUUGGACAAGUUUCCACCGUCAGUGUGAGUGGGCAAAACAAUGGAAUAAGUGUUUGGAACCCAAAAUCUACUUGGGGGUGUGGUUGUUCCUUUGGUUCAGGGCCAGCCAAAGCACUAUCAUUUCGAGGGAGUGAUUCCAUGGGUCAUAGGUUCAAAAUUCCUAAUGCAUAUGCUGUUGGAACCAGACCAAGGAAGGACGUGUGCCCUUUGAAGGUCGUUUGCAUUGACUAUCCAAGACCAGACCUUGAGAGUACUGUCAAUUUUUUGGAAGCUGCCUACUUAUCUUCAACCUUUCGUACUUCCCGCCGUCCAGAUAAACCAUUGAAGGUUGUUAUUGCUGGUGCAGGUUUGGCUGGUUUGUCUACUGCAAAAUAUUUGGCAGAUGCAGGUCACAAACCUGUAUUAUUGGAAGCAAGGGAUGUUUUAGGUGGAAAGGUGGCUGCGUGGAAAGAUGAUGAUGGAGACUGGUAUGAGACUGGCUUACAUAUAUUUUUUGGGGCUUACCCAAAUGUGCAGAACCUGUUUGGAGAACUUGGUAUAAAUGAUCGAUUGCAGUGGAAAGAGCAUUCUAUGAUAUUUGCAAUGCCAAACAAGCCAGGGGAGUUCAGCCGAUUUGACUUCCCUGAAGUUCUACCUGCACCAUUAAAUGGGAUAUGGGCCAUAUUAAAGAACAAUGAAAUGCUUACUUGGCCUGAGAAAAUCAAGUUUGCAAUUGGACUCAUUCCAGCAAUUCUAGGUGGACAGGCCUAUGUUGAAGCUCAAGAUGGUUUAAGUGUUAAAGACUGGAUGAGGAAGCAAGGUAUACCAGAUCGAGUAACUACCGAGGUGUUUAUUGCCAUGUCAAAAGCGUUAAACUUCAUAAACCCUGAUGAACUUUCAAUGCAGUGUAUUUUGAUUGCUCUGAACCGGUUUCUUCAGGAGAAGCAUGGUUCGAAGAUGGCAUUCUUGGAUGGUAACCCCCCAGAGAGACUUUGCCAGCCAAUUGUUGAUCAUAUUCAGUCACUGGGUGGUGAAGUCCAACUUAAUUCUCGAAUUAAAAAGAUUGAGCUGAAUAAAGAUGGAACUGUAAAGAGCUUUUUACUAAAUAAUGGUAAUGCUAUUGAAGGAGAUGCUUAUGUUUUUGCUACUCCAGUUGAUAUCUUGAAGCUUCUUUUGCCUGAAGACUGGAAAGAGAUUCCGUACUUCAGAAAAUUGGAGAUAUUAGUUGGAGUUCCUGUUAUAAAUGUUCACAUAUGGUUUGACAGGAAGCUAAGGAAUACUUAUGAUCAUCUACUUUUUAGCAGAAGUCCUCUUCUCAGUGUGUAUGCUGACAUGUCAGUGGCAUGUAAGGAAUAUUACGACCCAAAUCGCUCUAUGCUGGAAUUGGUUUUCGCACCUGCAGAGGAAUGGAUCUCAUGUAGUGAUGAAGAAAUUAUUGAUGCUACGAUGAAGGAACUGGCAAAACUCUUUCCUGAUGAAAUUUCUGCAGAUCAGAGCAAAGCAAAAAUAUUGAAGUACCAUGUUGUUAAAACACCAAGGUCUGUUUAUAAAACUGUCCCGAACUGUGAACCUUGUCGUCCAUUGCAAAGAUCCCCUGUAGAAGGGUUCUAUUUGUCUGGUGACUACACAAAGCAAAAAUAUUUGGCUUCAAUGGAAGGUGCUGUUCUUUCAGGAAAGCUUUGUGCACAAGCUAUUGUACAGGAUUAUGAGAAGCUUGUUGCCCGGGAGCAGGGAAAGCUGGCCGAGGCAAGUGUCGUGUAACAGAACACCAUACAAAUUGACGAGACAAAUUUAUGACAUUACCCAAAAAGCAAUUGAAAAAUUAGUGAGGGCCAGCGGUGGAUAGAUAUGAUAUUUGAGCAAAAUUAAAAUGCUGCUUGGCUCAGAAAAGAAUUGUUAGCAUCAUUGUUGUAUUUUCUGGCUUUGUUUGUUAUUUUCUUUUGCUAUAGGUUGUAUGCACGAUUGAUUGUACCUAAGCAAUGCAAAGUCAUUCCCCUUGAGGAGAAGGUUUCCACAAA